UUGCGUAUUAUUUGUCAGUUUUCAGUUGUGUUUCUAAACAUUAGUCAGUUAGUUGUGAAUGAAGGAUUAAGUAUUUGAUUUGUUAUUACUGUAUUAUGUCUUCCGAUGAGCUUUAGUUUAGUUGCAAUUAUAAAAAAUUAGUUCCAGAAAAGCUGCGAUAGACUAUGCUAAAAUGAGCUAUAAGUACAAUUGCCCCUUUCCAAACUACUCUCAGAAUGAGCAUCCAAAAUUUUGCAAUAGUAAAGGAUAGGGAAAAUUUUCCUGGGGUCUAGGGUCGUGAAAAAUCCAAAUUACUUAUGUCUAUUGGCUAUUUCUGUUUUGAUUAUACUGUCGGGUAGGAGGCCCUAAAUCACAGAUUAUCCCAGUGCCCAGUCAAUCACUGGCCAAGUCAGACUGUCAAUUAAUUGAGUAGAUUUUUUUUGAUACCAGUAGGCUAAAUGAUGACUGGAGUCUUCUCAACUACCAGCUAGCUGAAAUUUUUCAGCUUUUAUACUGUUCAAAUUAACAUCAUCUUUUUGUGUUGCUGUUUAAGACGGAUAAAGUAAUCUCAAAUAUGGCAUAUUUGAUUCCUGAUGAUCCUAAUGAAGAUCCAUAUGAUUUUACUGCCAAUUAUUGGAUGACGAAAACUGGACCGUUCGGUGUAUCAGGUUUUUGCAUGGAUGGUAUGGAAAUGGGAAAUUAUUGUUACUUAUGUGAGACACAUAGUUCAAGUUAUUCACAAGUGAAUGCACAUUUUGAAGGGCGAAAGCAUGCACAGAAAGUAAAGGCAUGCUGCCAAACAAAAACUAAAUUUAUUGUAGAACCUUCAACAGGUGGAGAUUUGAAUGAUCCUGACAAUCUGUUUUUGCCUGAUCGCUGUAAAGUAUGUGAUGCAGAACUUAGCACUCCCGAACAACAAGAAGGACAUUAUAUGAGUGAAAAACAUCAGAAGAAAGUGCGGAACUACUUCUUAGUAAAAAUCGGUAUUCGUGAAAAGAACGUCAAAUUAGAUCCUGAAGAAAAUGAAGAAGAAUUAAAGAAAAAAAGCAAAUUAGAGUAUUGCGCGAUUUGCAAAGUUGAGCUCAGUGCUCCAGUUGUUGCCCAAUCUCAUUAUGCUGGGAAGAAACAUGCGAAAAAACUUCGAGAAAAGUUUGAAUCUGAUGCUGAUGGUACACAAUGGCAAAGAUGUGAUGUUUGCGAUGUUCGCCUUAACUCUGAAGCACAGCUAACACAGCACUUGCAAAGUUCUAAGCAUUUGGCAAAAAUAGAUAAAAUGGGAACGGAAUGGAAGGAGGAAACAAGAAAAAAUGUGACCAAAAGGAAAGAAGAAAUUGAGGUUCUUCUCAAAGAAGAAGAAGCAAAGAGGGAAUGUCUUGCUCAAGAAUUGGAUGAAAUGAAAAAGCUUGAAGAGUUGCACAGCUAAAUGCAUUGCCAUUGCAUUGAACUGAGAUAUAUGAACGAUGAAUACAAGCGCUGUAUUCAAACUAUUCACUUUCAAGAAUUUUCCAGUUUAUUAUUGUUUGAAUAGGUAUGGGAAAGAAGAUACUGAAAGGGCAUGAAUCUACAGCUGAACAGUAAAGUUUUGUUGUUGAUCGAAAAUAAUAAUAUUAAAUGAAUCUUAAUUUGACAAUCUCUGAGAAACUGCCUUAUUUCUAUUUACACAUUUUGGCCUAUGUUCUUUCAUUGAUGGUCGACUUAUUUCUUGAAUGGUUUGAGUGUAAUGUUUAACCAAUUCAAUUUGAAUCCAUAUUGUGAGAAACCAUUAUUCUGCCAUCAGAAUUGUUUUACUUUUUCGGUAGA